CAAUAUUAGAAAGAGAGAAAUCAGUGAAUUUAUUGAAAGGACAGUUAAUAAAGAAUUAGUUGAAAAAGAGACUAAAUUGGUUCAAGAAUAUCAAAGAGCUUAUCAAAACCCUCAUUUAUUAAAAUUAGAAAAAAAUAAGAAAAAGUAG